GUAAACAAACACACCUUUGUAUGGAAAUGCGUUUCCAACGUGAAUCGCGAUUAUGGUAAGAACUAAAAAGUAAAGACCGUUGACGGCCAUUACGUCAACGUCGACUCGAUAAAGAGAACCAAAAACCAACGAUCCUCGUAAACAAAACGACAAAGAAAUAACUAAUUAACUACCAAACAAAAUCCAUGGAAGUUGCACCAUACUUGUGCAAAGAUAAAAAUGCGCACGCACCCCCUGCCCUAAUCACACUGAAUUUGGAACAUUCCCUGCGCUACCCUGUGCCGGAUUUCCCCCAUCUUCUCUCUCUUUCUCUGUCUAAUGGCCACUUCUCUGCAAGUAAACCGCUUCUGCAUCCGCGCCGCUUCCGAUAAUUUCGGCGGAAAAUCCGGAGCUCUAAGUUUCCGGAAGCCUCUCAGCGUCAGAUGCUCCGGUGAUGUCGCUUCUUCCUCUUCCGUAGCUGUGGAUCUCGAUAACUUCGAUGCCAAGACUUUUCGACGUGACUUGACGAGGAGCAAGAAUUAUAACCGGAAGGGGUUCGGUCACAAGGAGGAAACACUCGAGCUUAUGAAUCGGGAGUACACUAGUGAUAUCAUAAAAAAGUUGAAGGAAAAUGGAAACGAGUAUACAUGGGGAAAUGUUAGGGUAAAAUUGGCUGAAGCGUAUGGUUUUUGCUGGGGAGUUGAGAGAGCUGUCCAAAUCGCUUAUGAAGCCAGAAAACAGUUUCCCGAUGAGAAAAUUUGGCUUACGAAUGAAAUUAUCCACAAUCCAACUGUUAAUAAGCGAUUAGAGGAGAUGGAAGUUGAAGUUAUUCCAAUUGAAGAAGGGAAAAAACAGUUUGAUGUAGUGAACAAGGGUAAUGUUGUGGUUUUCCCUGCGUUUGGAGCUGCAGUUGACGAGAUGUUGACCUUGAAUGAGAAAAAUGUGCAAAUUGUUGAUACAACUUGUCCUUGGGUAGCUAAGGUAUGGAACACUGUGGAAAAGCACAAGAAAGGGGACUACACAUCAAUUAUUCAUGGUAAAUAUGCUCACGAGGAGACAAUCGCGACUGCAUCUUUUGCUGGAGUAUAUAUCAUUGUGAAGAAUAUGACUGAGAAAUUUAAAUAUGCCACUUCAAAGGGAUUUGAUCCAGAUCGUGACCUGGUAAAAGUUGGCAUUGCGAAUCAAACAACAAUGCUGAAGGGAGAGACAGAGGAAAUUGGAAAAUUAGUAGAGAGGACAAUGAUGCAAAAAUAUGGAGUGGAAAAUGUCAAUGAUCACUUUAUAAGCUUUAACACAAUUUGUGAUGCAACACAAGAACGACAAGAUGCUAUGUAUAAGUCGGUGGAGGAAGACCUGGAUCUUAUGUUAGUAGUCGGUGGGUGGAACUCAAGCAACACCUCACAUCUUCAAGAAAUUUCAGAGGACCAUGGGAUCCCCUCAAAUUGGAUUGACAGUGAGCAGAGAAUAGGUCCAGGAAACAGAAUAGCUCACAAAUUGAAACAUGGGGAGCUGGUUGAGACAGAAAACUGGCUACCAGAGGGUCCCAUCACAAUUGGUGUUACAUCUGCUGCCUCCACACCAGAUAAGGUUGUCGAGGAAGCCCUCAUCAAGGUGUUUGAUAUAAAACGCGAAGAAUUGUUGCAGGUAGCAUAAAUAUAGGUUUACAGAGGUGCAUCAGCCUUUUGAUGCUUGUUUGGUAAGCACAAUCUUGUCAAUAUAAUUAAAACAGCGCAAUAGCAUGUACCCUUGAACUGUAAUGCUGUAUGUUACUAUAUAUAUUUUUAUUUAUUUAUGAUAUAUGUAAACUUUGAGUACCCAUUUCAAAGUACACAGAUCUAGACCAGGGUGAAGAGUAGUGAACCGGAUUAGUUUUCAUGUGUUUUAAAGACAUUGCCUUUAGUUCAACGUCCUAGUUAAAUCAGCCGUCCUGUUUGAUUUGAAUACUAAAGAA